CAAAAGGGGCGGGCUGCUACCCGCCAGUAGGAGCGCACGUUAAGCCGACGCUCUAAAGAAAAAUAGAAAUAAAAGAAUUAACGCGCGAUACAAUUGUCGAUAAAAAUGCGCCGCUUUCUCUCCUAUGUCGGGGUUUUGUUGCGUAAACAGCGAGCGGAAAAGGGGUCGCGUUUCACGUCGUAAAGCCCGCACACCGACACCGCAGGCUACAUAACGGUACAGAAUGGCCUGGAUCUAUAAGUAAUCCGUCUCUCAGUGAAAAGGCGGUAAUGGGGGAAAUUGUGCAGAACGUUGGGCCUCUGCAGCGAUUAUCCUGACUGAUAGCAGGAUGAUGUCGCUUGUCUGUGAAAGCUCAUUGACUCCCUCGCGCCAGGAUUUGACACGCCAUUUUGCCGUGAUCUGUGCCGAAGCUGGAGAAUUUUUAUCUUUUUUUUUUUUUUUUUUCCUGUCGCUUCUCUGAGAACAGAUGAGACAGCACGGACCAGAUGAAUGUUUUUCUCAACGCGUCACCCUUGUACUCUGUUAUCCAACACUAAUGACACCGAUGGCGUUUACCUGGCAUUGGCUUUGAAGAAGAAGUGGGUGCUAGUGAGCAGCCUGGUGUUGGCCGUGUCUCUCUUCGUGGUGCUGGUGAAUUACUUGGAGAAGCUGUACUUACAGCCGAUUCUGCAAAAGGGCUUCAGUUCCACAUGGAUAACAUCAUGGCAAAGAAAAGUGGCACGACAACAUCCGGGCUAUGUCAGCGUGCCCAAAAGGGAGCCGCUGAAGCUGAGCUGUGAUGUGUGCAGCGUGGUGUCAAGCUCAGGGCAGGUUCUGGGUCGUGGUGCGGGCACCGAGAUCGAUGGAGCUGCGUGCGUUUGGCGGAUGAACAACGCUCCGACGCUACAGUAUGAGAAGGAUGUGGGUAACCGCACAAACCUGCGCGUGGUCUCGCACACCAGCGUGCCUCUGCUGCUGCACAAACCACAGCACUUCUUUGGCCCGGCGUCUAACGGCACCGUGUACGUGGUGUGGGGGCCACGGCGCAACAUGAGUCCGGACGGAAAAGGCCUCAUCUACAACAUGCUGAGACGCGCCGCAGACGACUUCCCCAAAGCUCGCAUCUAUGUCACCACUGACGAGCGCAUGGACUACUGCGACAAGGUGUUCAAGAAGGAGACGGGCCGGGACAGAAUUACCUCGGGGUCAUACCUGAGCACCGGAUGGUUCACCCUCAUCUUAGCCAUGGACAUAUGCAAGGAGAUCCGUGUGUAUGGGAUGAUCAAUGACACCUACUGCAAAUCUGAAGGCUACAGGAAGGUGCCGUAUCACUACUACGAAGUCGGAAGCCGCGACGAGUGUGCCGAGUACAUCCUGCACGAGAGUGCCCCUUAUGGCGGCCACCGCUUCAUUACGGAGAAAAACGUUUUUGGAAAGUGGGCCAAGGUUCACCCUAUCAAGUUUUUCCACCCCGAAUGGCAGCUGUCAUGACCAAAGCAGUCCUACGGAUUGUCUCAAACAAUGAGGCCCGAUUGGUCCAGAAACACUCCAUGUCUUAAUGCACAAACGAACGAGUGGCCAUGAACAGCCCGAAACAAUUGUCUCAACCCGUCCUGAUUACACACCGAUUACAGCGUGAAUCUGAAGGGUUAUAAUAGGAAGGAAGAGAGUCGCUCGGAUGUUUGGGACACUGCAUGUUUUUUAUGAACAACAGAACAAUUCCAUAGCAGGAGUAACAAAUCACAUCACAACCUUAACCGCACGUGCGUAAGGACAAGAUGUAGCCGGACACAAAGGGCCAUAUUUACUAAUGUUUUCCGCUUUUUAUUUAUUGCAUACACAUGUACAGCAGAACUUCUUCAACUUUUUCCAUGAGUCCAUUUUUGAGCUGUCACUACCAGUGUUGGGCAGUAACGCGUUACUUUUGACAGUAACUGAUACUCUAACGCGUUACUUGUUUAAAUAAAGUAACUCCAUUACCGUUACUAUAUGAUGCGUUACCCGUUACUUUUUUAAAUUAAGUAAUUUUGGCUGAAGUGUAGCCUACAGCCUAACCUGUUUACAGCAGCGACGCAUUGUAGGAUUGGUGGAUGCCAACCAUUGUAAACAUGAAGAAGAUGCGCUGCGGGCGUGUUUCCGUUUAUUUAAGUAUGUGCGGCAGUAAUUCCGAAACACAUGGGCUAUAGCCCGCCCACACUGACAAUUGAUUGGUUGACUUACCGAAACAGGCCAAUCAGGAUUGGCCCCCUCACUCUCUACCGUGCUACAAGUUUUGGAGCACAUACUUGAAUACUUGUCUCUGUCGUGCAUGCGCGCUCUCGCUCACGCGGGAGACUCUCGGAACAUCCGGGAUGCUUGGGAUGUCUGGUUUUGUGUUUGUAUAGACCAUAAAAGGGCAUUAAUGGGAACAUUAAAGAACAUUCUUUAAAAAAGUAACUAAAAAGUUACUUUUAACAGUAACGCGUUACUUUUUGGUGAAAGUAAUCAAUAACGUAAUUGAGUUACUUUUUGAAUGAAGUAACUAGUAACUGUAACUAGUUACUAUUUUUUAGUAACUAGCACGAUACAUCAACAAAUCACUUUUCAUGUUAAUCACUCUGAUGACCCCAAUGGACCAUGCUGCAGUCUUCAGGUGAGGAACCCCUGAUUUAUAGGAAUAUCCGUUCUAGAUGGUUGUUGUAAUUAAAGUAUUUAUACAGGUUCAUCAACGCAAUUUGCCUCCCCCAAGCAUACCCCCCUCAACCAGUCAUCUUUAAAAGAGUUCCUAAGGGUUCCUUAACUGUUCUUUGGACAGAAACCCUUAGCUUUCCUUCAGAAAUAAAAAAGAAAGAAAUGUAUUUACUCCUCAACACCUCAUCAGGUUCCUCUUAGUAAAUGGCCCUAGGAUCGCUUGCUGUAGGAUGACUAACCCUUAGGGGCUGUACGAAGGUACGUAGUGAGUGGAAUAUGUUUAUUUGACUGGGUGUAUUUUGGGUGUAUGUUAUUUAUUUUGCUGGACUUCCUUUUCUUCAACCUUGAUCAAAAUCAGCCAGUUGUUUUUUUUUUUACAUAAAUGUAUUUAUUAAUUGGAUCCAUUAACGGGAAUUGAACGACAGUCUGUUUUGAUCUGAAAGAUUUGUGUCUCUUUUUAUCCACUGUGAAGGAAAGAUGUCUCAUGUGUACUGUACAUCCUCAUAUUUGUACUCCAGAAAUCUCCCAAUCCCUACAAAGCUCUUUCUUGUUAAACCUCAAGGCUAACGGUUAUCUGCUUUAGCUAAAUGCUGUAGCUUCAUACUAAACCCUGCAGCCCUGGACAUGAAGAUUUCACUUGUGGUUUUGAAAUAACUACAUUUAAAAAACCCCAAAAAAAAACAGCCUGAGCUCAUCAACUGAACCUGUCACAGUGUCACCGUGACUCAACACUCCACCGCCGCGAACUGUGCAGCCGCUGACAUAACGCUUGCACGAAGGCAGAACGGCGUUAAUUGAAGUACCGGGUUGAGGCUGGAAUGAAAGUAAAGAACUCAAAGGAUGGAUGUUUUCUCACUCUCUUUUUUUUUUUUUUUUUUUGCCCUUUUCGUCUAAGCAAAAAGGCAAGACAGGAAAUUUGAAUUCUUUAUGUCAUGAUCAUUAUCUUAAUGAAAUUUCGUUCGUGUCCAUGCCGGCUUGUUCUGUAAUCUGUAUUUUUUUUUUCUACUGAUACUUUUUGGGGGACAGCGUGGCUUAGUGGUUAGCACGUUUGCCUCACACCUCCAGGGUUGGGGGUUCGAUUCCCGCCUCCACCUUGUGUGUGUGG